ACAGGAAUCUAUUCAAUGUCCCGAGGACAGGGAAAUUUGAUAUAAAAGGCCUCGUCGCCGCGAUAACUCAACGAGAUAUGAAUCAUAUCAAACUCUUAAACCUUCACAGUUGACCUACAAGCUCUUCAGAGACUCAUCGACAUCCCCCAAAAGAAAGAACAGACGAAUAAGCGAACAUGCCUACACUAGUUGGAAAGAAAAUCGGCCCUACGGGAUAUGGGUUGAUGGGCAUGACCUGGAGGACGGAACCUAUCUCGGACGAGAAGGCUUUCGAAGCGAUGAAGGCCGCGCUGAAAAAUGGGAUGAACUUCUGGAACGGCGGCGAGUUCUACGGACCGCACGAGCGCAAUUCUCUCGUACUAUUAGAGCGUUACUUCGCGAAGUACCCCGAGGACGCCGAAAAGGUCGUGCUUAGUAUCAAAGGCGGCAUGGACUCCCACGGACUUGGACCUGAUGGUUCACCCGAGGGCACCCGUCGAUCUAUCGACAACUGCAUUGCCCAACUUAAGGGUCGCAAGAAGAUCGACAUCUUCGAAUUUGCGCGCCGUGACCCCAAAGUGCCUUUAAGUGUGACCUUUGGAGUUAUCGAGAAGGAGUACAUCCAAACGGGCAAGAUUGGGGGCAUCUCGCUUUCCGAGGUUAGAGCCGAGACGAUCCACGAGGCCGUGAAGGUAACGAAAGUCGUGGGGGUCGAGGUUGAACUCUCGCUAUUCAGUAGGGAAAUCCUCGACAACGGUGUAGCCGACGCCUGCGCACAGUACGACAUCCCGAUAAUCGCCUACUCGCCCGUUGGCCGAGGUUUCUUGACAGGCCAGAUCAAAUCGCUGGAUGACGUGAAGCCGGAGCUCCGGUCCUGGCCGUGGUUCCAGCCGGGCAACUUCGAGGCCAACCUGCAGCUGGCGUCGCAGGUCGAGGAGCUGGCCAAGAAGAAGGGUGUCACACCAGCCCAGCUAGCUAUCAACUGGACCAUUCGCCUAUCAUCCUGGCGUAAAGGCGCUCCUAAGACCAUUAUUCCGAUCCCCGGUGCCACGACGGCGGCCCGUGUCAACGAGAACGCCGUACAAGUGGAUAUCUCGGACGAGGAGAUGGCUCGGAUUGAUACUGCACUCUCCAAAAUCAAGCCUCGCGGUAACCGGUACCCGGACGUCGUCCCUGUUAACACGUAAAUCUAGAAUGGUAGGAUGGGAAGGGAUUUAGAACCUUGAUGGUAUUGUUGCUCUUGCAACGUCAAACGCCAAAUGACAAACACUGCUCCAUCCCAUAUUAUAUUAGCUGUCAAAUGUUUGUACAUCUCUACCUACC